GCCGCAACGAUUUAGUGCCAUGAUUUUGGUAUCGCCAAAAAGAGUAGCGUUGUGCAUCUCCCUACUCAUCUCUACGACGAUCAGCUUGAACCAGCCUGGAGCACUGCACCACACUGCACAUUCCAACAUAAGCUGAUAUUUGACGUGGAUAGAGGCAUUGCUAUCGAAAAAAGCUUAAGAAGCAGAUCAUGGCUGAUAGGCAACUUUCGGAACUCUCUCUUGGUGGUAUUUACACUUCGGAAAAGAAUGGCAGUGAUGAAAAUGGGGAUGGUACAGAGUCUAAACCAUAUAAAAGCAUUCUGCAAGCAAUUAGACAUGCUGGGAAAGAACCCUUUCCAACGAUCUACCAAGAUUCUAACAAAGAGGGUAUGACUUAUGAGCCAGCGUCCAAGUCUCAAUUGAAGAAGAUUCUUAAAAUCUGGACAAGGGAGCAGUACAAAAAUGAGGAAAAGCAAAAGAAAUUAAUUGAAGAUGAAGACAAAAGAUUAAAGAAUUUAGAAGAGGCCAAAAAAAUUAUUAUCAAUGAAGACAAGGCUCUGCCAACUGCCACUCUCAUUAAAAUCAAUCAAGCAAUCAAUUUUAGGGAUAAACGCGUCAAGUUAUGUGGAUGGGUUCAUCGACUUAGACGACAAGGCAAGGCUUUAAUGUUUAUUACAUUGAGAGAUGGUACUGGGUUCCUCCAGUGUGUACUGAAUGACAAGCUUUGCCAGACCUAUGAUGCUUUAAUUCUAUCUACAGAAGCUUCUGUCCAAAUAUAUGGCACUAUAAAGGUUGUUCUCGAAGGAAAGACUGCUCCUGGCGGGCAUGAGUUGUUGGUCGAUUACUGGGAACUUAUUGGGGCAUCGCCUGCCGGUGGCGCAGACACCAUUCUGAAUGAGGAAGCCCUUCCUGACGUUCAACUCGACAAUAGACACAUUAUGAUUCGCGGGGAGAACACUUCACGGAUCUUGAUUAUGAGAUCCAUUCUCUUGCAAGCAUUUAGGGAACAUUACCAAUCAAGAGGAUACUGCGAAGUUACUCCGCCAACUAUGGUGCAAACUCAAGUGGAAGGCGGUUCCACUCUCUUCAAGCUCGAUUACUUUGGAGAGGAGGCAUUUCUAACGCAAAGUUCUCAGCUCUAUCUUGAAACGUGUAUUCCUGCAAUGGGAGAUGUCUAUUGCAUCGCCCAGUCAUACAGAGCGGAGCAGUCCAGGACGCGACGACACCUGGCCGAAUACACCCAUGUGGAAGCCGAAUGUCCAUUCAUUACGUUCGAUGAUCUGUUGGACCGCUUGGAAGACUUGAUUUGCGACGUUGUCGAUAGAGUCCUUAAAUCGCCCUAUGGCUCCCUCGUUAAGGAACUAAAUCCCCACUUUAAAGCACCCAAGAAACCGUUCAAGCGAAUGAACUACAGCGAUGCUAUCGAAUACUUGAGAGUCAAUAACAUCACAAAGGAGGACGGAAGCUUUUACGAAUUCGGAGAGGAUAUUCCUGAAAUGCCAGAGAGAAAAAUGACGGACGCGCUUAACGAGCCCAUAAUGCUCUGCCGAUUUCCGGCAGAAAUUAAGUCGUUUUACAUGGUGCGCUGUCCCGACGACAAACAGUUAACCGAGUCUGUUGACGUUCUUUUACCAAACGUGGGUGAAAUUGUUGGCGGUUCCAUGCGCAUAUGGGAUUACGACGAGUUGAUGGAGGGUUACGCUCGCGAGAACAUUGAUCCCAAGCCUUAUUACUGGUACACGGAUCAGAGGAAAUACGGUUCCUGCCCCCACGGAGGUUACGGCCUGGGACUCGAGAGAUUCUUGUGUUGGCUUCUCAAUAGAUAUCACAUACGCGAAGUAUGUCUAUAUCCCCGCUUCCUAGAACGCUGUCGUCCUUAGAAGAAUAUUGAGAGAACAGUGAAAUAUUACAGAGACGCAUUACUUAUUUUAUGUGAUAAUCAAUUAUGUAACAUAACAUAACAUUGCCGGUGGCACUACAAUAAACUGGAUAUCGAAAAAAGCUAAUAAGCUGCAUUGCUAAGAUUAUUGUAUCCAAUGGCGGCGCAGCCGAUAUAGAAGAAUAAACGGUUAUAAGGCGACGAA